AUGUCUUCAUCAAAUGGAGCCCAGAAACCAAUCCACUCCAGAGUGAAACUUUUCUACCGCAUCAAUGUUCCCCAUGAGCCAGAAGAAUUUAUCCAGGACCCCUUGCCUGCCCAUGUUGAGCUUGAUAUCCCAAUGACAUGCACAGUCAAAGACCUGGCUGAUAUCAUGAAGAAGAACUCGAGAAAAAUCUUCCCUUCUCUUUCCGUCGGCACCCGGCUCUGCUUCCGCACUAUGGACCGGUCAAUUUACAGCACAAAGCCAAAAUACCUUCCGUCACCUUACGGCAGUUACGUUAUCGGUCGAGGUUACCCAGGCAUCGAUUUACCCGCACGAGACGAGAAUGACCCAGCGAGCCCCAAGCCAAAGCUCCGAUGGCUGGAUGGCGCUUACAUUGUCUGUACCAUCUUUCCGCCACUACCCAGCGACGAAGACGAACUCAUUGUACCACCUGCGCUGCCGUAUAAGAUCAGCAGGCUAGGGCCUGAUCAGCCUGGAAAGGGUAUCGUAGUAGGGGGUGACCGGACGGCAAAUGGAAAGGGAAAAGGACGUGAAGACGAGGAUGAGGAUCCCCGUCCGCCGCGCCGCGGCAACACCCGUGUCUCUAAGGGUACGUCAAGGGGACCUACUUCAAGAACGCGGGACAAUGAUCGCCGAGCUAAUUAG